AUGGCUCCCCCGCGCCAGCGGACGACAGCCGCUCAGGAUGACUCUCGCUCUGAAGGCUCCAGCACUGCAAGAGAGCAUAAAACGACAACGGGAAAGUCUCGUAAGGGUGCUGGCGGUGCUGCAGCAGUGGCCGCAUUGAACAGUCGCGAGGCAAAAGCCUCUGCGAGUUCUGCAAACGUCACCAGCGCUCCAGCUGGAGGCGAACAGGACAAUCUACCAAAGAUCCCCUGGUCCGAAAUGCCCCUCGAACUCCUCCACUCCUACCGACAUGCCUACAAAUUGUCUACCCCAAGCGCGUUCUCCAGCGAAUACUCCCACUUGCUACUCUCCCGUGGAAUCGGACUCCGAUCACCAACUUCUAUCGCCGCUCAGAGAGCACACCUAGCCCGCCAGGACCAGACGACGAAUGGUUCCCAGUCGAGCGCAUCCACAUCCCGAAAAGCUCUGCAGAGCAAUUCCUCCGCCCCGAAUGGCGUCAGCACAAGACACAAAGACCGUCCGUCAAACAAAGGCCCAGAUACAAUUGAUGUCAAGGGUGCGCUGCAUCACAUAAUUGGUCAGGAAAGGGUGUGCAAGAACCAGCUUGCCGUCACAGUGCGCAAACACUUCAACAGCGCUGGUCUUGCGGAACAGGAGGCUAUUGCGCGGUUCCUGUACAAGGUCCGUGAAGAGGGACGAGGACGACACUUCCGUCUCAGAUUCCAGCCAUAG